AUGUGGACACAGUGGGGUACCGAAGCUCAGGAGCAGCGCAUCACAGUGGCACCCGCCAACUUUUGGAAUCGGAUCUGUGAUUCUUUGCAAAUUAAGUACCGGGAUAAUGCUGUGUUGGGGCUGGGAGGAGGGGACAAGGUGCCCUCAUCUCCCCCAUCCCCACCCACCUGGCACCGGGAGGUGCCCCCCAAAGCCACCCCCAAGUGCCUUCGGGUGACAUGGGACGACGUGACCUUCCUCACGUUCUUCUUCACGCGGCUGGAGCGGAACCGCAGCGGCCGCUACGAGCGCGAAUUCCCGUUCGUGUCCCGCUGCGGCGCGGAGCGCAACCUCCUGCGCUGCGAGCACAGACCCAUCGUCUUCACCCGCCUCCUGCCCCCGGACGCCUCCUCCUCAGCCUCCUCCUGCUCCCGCCGCGCCGUGCUGUCGUUCUGCGGCGGCGGGGAGCGGCUGGCCGUGCCGUUCCGGCCCGAGGCGCUGGUGAUGCUGCCGGAGAACGGGCGCUUGUACCACCCGGCGCCGGGCCGGGCGGGGGGCGCGGGGCCGGUGCGCUCGGCGCUGGCUCUGGAGUGGGGGUCCCGCUUGGAGUACGAGCAGGGGCCGGAGCAGCCCCCGACUCACUUUUGGUGGGAGGGGAAGAGGUAUCGGCUCACGGGGGAGCUGGUCUUUGGCAAUUGA